AUGGAGGAUUCUUCUCCAUCUAAUGAAACCCUUCACUUAGUUUUUGUUCCCAUGUUGGCCCCAGGCCAUUUCAUACCCAUGAUAGACAUGGCUAAGCUAAUGGCUAACCAUGGCGGCAUAACCGCCACCGUCUUCAUCACUCCGGUUAUCGCAGCCAGAUACGGCCAAACCAUUAACCAAUUGUCGGAAUCCAUUUCCAUCUGUUUCAUUCAAGUACCUUUUCCAUCGAAGGAGAACGGCCUGCCGGAAAACUGCGAAACCGCCGAUAAACUCUCAAAGGGACAAUGGAUCAACUUUUUUCAAGCUCUCGAUGAAUGGCAAACAUCAGUUGAGCAUGUCGUGGAACAGAUGAAGCCCUUUCCUACUUGCAUGAUAACCGACAGAUUCAUUCCUAAAAUUGCAGUAGCCGCGAAGAGAUUAGACAUCAGGAGAGUCAUCUUCGAUGGAAUGGGUUGUUUAUCUGUAAUAUUGAUUCAUCAAACUGAAGUUUCCGGAAUUCUUGAGAGCGAUGUGGAAUUAGAACAACCUUUUAUCGUGCCAGGUAUACCGGAUAGAAUUGUGAUAACAAAACAACAGUUACCAGUUUUUGUAUAUUCGAAUUCACCUGGAAUGAAGGAAUAUAAAGAGAAGUUAAAAGAAGCAAAUCGCGAUGCGUACGGGAUUAUAAUCAACAGUUUCGAUGAGUUAGAACUGGAUUACAUCCACGAAUUACAAAAAUUGCAUCAAAACAGAGCAUGGUGCGUUGGACCAUUGUGCAUGUCAAAUAACAAGUCGGAGAUGGCGAGUAGAGGGGACAAAGCAUCAAUUGACAAGAACCAAUGUCUGAAAUGGCUCGAUGGUCAUGAAUCAGGGUCAGUAAUCUAUGUAUGUUUAGGGAGUCUGAGUAAAAUGACGCUAACUCAGAUGUUAGAACUUGGUCUGGCAUUGGAGGCAUCGAACCGUCCUUUCAUUUGGGUAAUUCGAGAAACAGAUGGGAAGGAGGAGAUUGAGAAAUGGUUGUCAGAUUAUGAGUACGAGGAUAGGAUAUGUGGUAGAGGAAUUCUAGUACGAGGAUGGGCUCCCCAGGUACUAAUUCUGUCUCAUGAAUCUGUUGGUGGAUUCUUGACACAUUGCGGUUGGAAUUCGACAAUCGAAGGGAUAAGUUUUGGAGUUCCGAUGAUAACUUGGCCUCUUUUUAGUGAACAAUUUUUCAAUGAGAAGUUGGUCGUGCAGAUUUUAGGAAUUGGAGUUGGAGUUGGAGCUAAAAUGUCUAUUUUUGAAUCCGACGAGCAAAAAGAGACGCUAGAUUAUGUUUUGGUGAGAAGGGAGGCGAUAUUAGACGCUAUUGAGAAGGUGAUGUGCGGCGAUGAUGACGGCGAGGAGAGGAGGAAACGAGCAAGAAAGUUGGGAGAGGCGGCGAAGAAAGCGACGGAAGAGGGUGGAUCGUCUUAUCAUAAUAUCAAUGAUUUUCUUCAAGAUAUAGUUAAGCCACAAUAA